UCGCACGCCAGCAGUCCGGCCGCAGACAGCCGCGCCGUCGGACACAUGGCGCACAACGGGACCGGCGAGCAGCGGCAGCCGCCGGCCCACUCGGCGCCGGCCUUCCGCCACUCGGACGUGCUCCUCAAGCUCAACCUGGGCGCACCGAAGAUGCCCAAGCCUGCCUCCUCGGCCAAGCCAGCCUCGGCGGCACUCUACGAAGGACAAGAGCUGGACCUAUGCGCGCACAACUCCACGUUAUGCGGCCUCGAGGCCGGAUGCCACAACGUGAACGGCACCUUCGUCUGCCUCUGCACCAGCGACCUCAAGCCCAAGCGGCCCCACGAGCCCUGCAGCAAGGCGCCCGUCGCGCAAGGCAACGGAUACCCCCAGAGCGGCCCCCGGCAGCCCCACGCUGCAGGCUCCUUCACGCAUCACCAAAUAGCCGGCAUGAACCGGAACUUCACUCCCAUCGCAAAGGAGCCACAGCCAGCGGGCGGAGCCGGUUCGGCCGGCGCCUUGCUUCCGGAUACCACAGGCCGAAGCGGGGGCACCGCUCCGUUGUUGACGGGACUUCUUGCCGUGCUGGGCACCCUGGCGCUGGCGGGCCUCGUGGUGGCGGUGCUUGUGCGACGACACCGGCGGCGGCGGGAAGCCCGGCGCGCGGCUGCCGGGUCCCUGCACAAAUGCAUGCAGCAGUACGUGACCAACCCUACCUACUAUUCGUCGGCCCCGGAGACGCCGCUGCGAAAAGUGCUGCACGACGUCGAGAUAUCCGCCGACUGCAUCCGCUUCAUAGAGGAGAUCGGCGAAGGGUGCUUCGGGAAGGUCCACAAGGCGGUGUACACACACCCUGACGGCAGCGAGGAGGACGUGGCCGUGAAAGUUCUCAAGGAGAGCGUGUCCAACGAGGCGCAGUCAGACUUCGAGCGUGAGGUCCAGAUCAUGUCCAGCUUCAAGCACGAAAACAUCCUCAAGCUUCUUGGCGUCGUCUUCAAAGAAUCCGGUUCCAUACCCUGGAUGGUGUUCGAGUUCAUGACGUACGGAGACCUGGCGGAGCUGCUCCGAGCCAACGGGUACGGCCGUGACUCGGCAACACGGAAACCACCAACUCAGCUCACUCUGUCGGACCUGCCGUGGCUGGCAACGCAGAUCGCCAGUGGUAUGUGCUACCUGUCGUCCCAGCACUUCGUGCACAGAGACCUGGCCACACGCAACUGCUUGGUGGGCAACGACCUCUGCGUCAAGAUAUCCGACUUUGGCAUGUCCCGCGACAUCUACACCUGUGACUACUACAAGAUACGUGGUUCCCGCAUGUUGCCUGUGCGGUGGAUGGCCCCUGAGAGCAUAAUGUACGGCAAGUUCACCCUGGAAUCCGACGUCUGGUCCUACGGCGUUGUCCUGUGGGAAAUCUUCACCUUCGGAAAACAGCCCUACUACGGUCACUCGAACGAGGAGGUGGUGAAGCUGAUCCUGCAGGGCAUACUGCUGAGUCCACCCGAGGAGUGUCCACCACACGUGUGCACCUUGAUGGCAGGCUGCUGGAAGACGGAGCCGCGCGACCGCCUCAGCUUCAGCGACAUCUACAAGCGGCUCGUGGACACGUACCCGCCACCUCCGCCGCCACAGGACGAGCCGGAGCCCCUCGAGGAAGAGCUGGACAGCGAAGACUACCUGGUGCCCAAGGCACCGGCCGCGCCCCGCCACCAACCCUGGUGAAAAGAACGCGCACAGUUCGCCUCCUCUCCAUCCGGAGGCCAGUGGCGAUUUCACAGUUCACCAGAAUGUUGCGGGAGUUCGCCGAAAGCUUCAGCGCUGUUACUCGCCGAUCGGGCGGUUCUCGGUUUGUGUGUGAUGUACGGUAUACGGUUGAUGACGUGAUUCCGGCUUGCCUGCGCUUCCAUGGCUUGGGUCUUACGAUAAAGAGGCGCUAAGAUAGGAACGAAGUCGAGAAGCCGAACGUCUCGAAAGAUCAUCUGGUGUUUCAAGAAUUGAUGGUUACAUCUUGUAAGGCAAGAUGUAAUCUUACAUCCUGCAAUGCAAGAUACGCCAAAGCGACCCGACAUGACAGUACGUCAGAUGACGUGCGCGAACUAAAGUAACUGUGCUCAAUUUCCUCUAACUACGUCUGGUAAUCUGACGAUAGCUCCAGUUGCGCAACUGGAGCUAUUACUUAAAAUAAAAGACUGCGCUCGUCCCCACGAUGCUUACUGCAGCCGACAUUGCAAGCUACAGCAUGGUAUACCGUAUCCCUUCGACAGCUGUCGUGCGCAACGCGUGUGUUGCCAUAUAGCAGGAUUCUUGGGUUGUAUGUUUGGAAAUGAAAGGGGCAUAUAGGAAUCAUGGCGUGGUUAUACUGCUUCCCGUGCGAGGAGGACUUUGAUUGCGCAGCAGUGGCAAACGUGUCAUGUCGCUAGAUGAAAUCCUGUUCUUGUUAACAAGCCUUGACGAAAACCUUCAAAGGCUGUUUCAGAGGUUGUUUCAUCUAGACAUUCUUCGCGAUAGCCUGUUCAUGUAGAACCUGUAGAAGGACUGCUGCUGUUUGCAGGAAGUGUUUUGUCGGAAAAUUUUGACGCAACGGAUUAGGCGGAACAUUUGUAUGACGCAUCCUUGGUGGCGCUCUUGGAGCUCGCUGACAAACAAAGAUAACAGUUUCUUUUUAUUACCGUGUGGAGCGGUAAUAAAACAGAUGUACAUGCUUACGGGUUUAAGCAGCGCUACUGCUUUUGACGAACGUCUUCCUGCAAACGCACGUCCGCCUGGAGGCCUGUAGUAAGCGGCUCAACUCGCCAUACCUGCUUCACUGAUUUUCUUAGAGGCGAUCUUGGCGCCACGUGUUUCUUUGAGCAAAUCAGUGUCUUUGUGUCAUCCGCUUUAAGUGCACAUGCACUCUCAUCUUUAUAUUUCUCUAUUGCGCUUGUUUAAGCAGUGUUCGUGUUUAUAUUUAUUGUAUUUAUUUCCAAACGUGUACAAAGUGUCACAGUAUAAUCGUUUGUGUACAUAAACUGCAUCACUGCAUCCACAUUGUGUGCGUAAGCUAAGUCGGUCAUGUCUGUACAGUGUUGCAUGAGAUGCUCCAAUCUGUUAGCCAACACGCCGGCAUAAGCACAAAGUCAUGUUGAGAUACACACACAGUAGGGAGAAGAGCUCUAAUUUUUGUGGAGAUACGGUGACUCAGGACGAACUGCAUAGCGUGUUUGCGGCGGCGCUAUGUAUGUGUAAUGCCUCAGGCCGAUUAUCACCGCUCAAUUACUUGUUAUUUUUUAUUCGCUUUUUUAAAAAACACGCACAGCAAAGUGUCGUUUACAUUUCAAAAGAACUUACUGUACACCAUACAUGUGAAGGCAGUGGCACUCGACAUGCGUGUCGGUAAGUCGAAACACCGCCAGACUCGGGCGACGCUUGAAGAACCGACGGCGCUUGGCCUUCCCCAGCUGGGUUGCAGAGUUCUAUCGCGCUGCAACAGUUGCCCGGCAACGCACUACGAGACAUUCUAAGGUGCCGUUGCAGGCUCUAAUGGUGACUCGUGCGCUCUUUUCCUAACUUAAAAAGCGUAACUGCCUGCAGGACGUAUAGAACACUAAGCAUUCCGCUGGUCAUCGGAGGACGGAGCAAGUAGCCCGUAAGGCCCACUCAUUGCGUAAAUGCUCGUCGGGGCAAGCUUGCACGUUUAAAGAACACGCCGUCUUUGUCCUUCUGGGUCACCGUGGCACAUUUCUGUAGUACCUUGACACCGACAUAGUCACGUUACGACUACCGUCCCUGCCUAAGGGCUGCACUGCAGGAAAAUCAUAUCUUAAGGGAACGCAGUCGAGUUACCUUCAAAGACCGCUUCGUUAAGGCCUCGUGCAGUGAGUGAGGUUCGCGUAAAACUUGAAAGAUUACUUCUGAUUCGGACAAAGAAUCCACAAGGGCGGUGACUACAUUACAGCAGAGCUCGCGCAAAUAUCAUGUUGAACAGUAAUGGCUUAACGGAUGUCUCUCUUGUUCGUUGUUGUGUGUUCAGUUCGCCAGAGUCUACAAACGCAGUGUCUGUGAUAGUUGUUUGUCUCAUCCGAAAUGUACCGCACGCGACAUCGGCACAAGUCAUUUCUGAGAUAUUGAUGCACCUAGGCAUAGAGUGUUCACUGGACUGAACAGUAUAUCAUAUCCCCGUCGUUUAUUUUUGCCUUAGGUCGGCAGCAAAUCACGCGACAACGUGUUUGGCGAAUUUAAUCCAGGUGUUGUUGAUGUUAGUAUUUUGACAAGUGCAAACGACCAUCAAAUGUAAUGCGACGCCAGUCUGAAAUCAUACGCACGAGCGGGUAGGCCAACUCAGGCACGUGUAAAUGCAUCGAAGCUUAAUUGUAUACUUGAUAUCUGCUUGUUCUUCGCUAAAAGCGUUACCUGAGUGUCAGAAUUUCUCAGGACUACACUAUUUUUUCCUAUAUUUUCCUACGGGUAUUUCUCUUCAAAUUUCCCUGCUCCUCGCCUUAAUUCGACUCGCCACUUUAUUUUACCAGUGGAAUGCCGACUCCAGUACACACGCUUCCUGUCAUGCUUAAGACCAUGCACAUGUAGCUUUUCUAAUUAUCUGGCCAAUGCGGUUCAUCAGAAAGUGUGAAAGAAAAGAGUGAUUCAGCAACUAUUACUCCUUACCGGACACGGUAAAAACAAUAAAAUGCUGAGAAAAGAGCAGCCUGCGACAUUCACGCCAUCCCAAUUGUCCCGGAAAAAAAAAAAGAAAAAAGCGCACGAAACGCGAAUUUCUAGACUGAAUUACCAAUUACAGCAAGUGGCAAUGCAAAACUACUUACUUGGGACUAAAGUGGGGGCGGGGACUUUUCUCUGCGUCUUAUAUUACGACCAUCAAUAUUCAUUACUCUUAUUCGUUAUGGUUGCACGCAGGUUGAUGAAUGCGCACUUUUUGAGACGCUCUUCGGUCCGCCCCAAAAAAGCGGCAUCAUUUAUCACGCGUUGUGUACAGGCAUCAAAUCAAGCAUUCGUUAACGCGCCUCGCAGUGUAAUUAGUUAUGAAAGCGACAGCUUCUGCCGACGAGCGUCCUUAUCCGGAGCAACCGUGUUAGGAGCAAUGUCUGGUGUUUUUUUUUUUUUUUUUUUUCUGUAUGCGUGUGCGCAGGAUGUCACCGCGGCGUGUUCCCGCGGGUUCACGUGCGUUCAACUAUGGGAGUGUUGGUACUUCGGCACAAUGGGCGCCGCGAAAAGUUUCGCGUUAAUCCAUCCACAGUGUGGAUUAAUUUUUCCGAUGCGUUUCGCGCGAAUCGCGAUCCACUGACGACGCCUGCUGGAACUUGGCAGGACGCUGUAACGCUGGGCGCAAGCUUUCAACCGCAGCGAGGCGACGCUACAUCCAGCACUGUUUUCCAGCACUCGAGCAAACUUUCCGGGUGCUUCGACGCUGUAGUCGCCGUAGCACAAUGAUCGGGGCUUGCGUUUCACUGCGCUCUAAGGUAUUUGCAAAUUGUACUUCGAGUGACACUGUCGAAAAUCUCCAGCCUCCACAUUUUUUUUUCUCCUUGCUUUCGUGCCAGUGACAAUAAAAGCAGGGCGAGGUGCCUACAUUCGACGCAAUGUUGAAAUUGUCGUGUGCAUACAUUUUAAUUCCGACUCGUUCUUAUAGGUUUGGAUGAUGAGUUUGUACAAUGAAGGGGCGCUUAAUAAUCGAGAAAACGUCUUCUGGCGAACUUUUGCCUGUUGCCACCUCCGUUUUCUCACAUUUAGCAUCGUUUGAAUUGCUAGUCCAGCGAAUGUGCACCACUCUGUCGACAGCACUAGUCCUAAUCAUGCCAGACGUUACUAAUCGUCUAAAACGCAGCAAUAAAGCAGCUAUACUUUUCUGCAUGCGGGUCACGCGUUUUCAAUCGUAGACAUAAGCUCAAUAGUAUGGAGGUUUCAAGCGGUAUUUACAAAGCAGUGAGCCGCCUCUCAGUCGGUGAUGACUCUUCGUACUGAUUUCACGGUUUGCUGUAAUAUCUUUGAGCUCAGCGCCUAGCGAGAGAUUUAAUUUUCCCUAGUCAUACACGCAUACACGCAGAUGCGAGCUCACGCAAUCCGGGCUUGUGAUCAGCAUAUCCUAAGGGAACGCGUUCAGUGUACGUUGCACUGAACUCCAAAAGCCCAACAGCAUUUAGCAUACGUCACCUUUUUUUUUUCUUUUUCCUUUUCACAUUGUCGGUCAGAAGGUAUGUAAAAAAGCUGGAAUUUUUGUUUGAAGCUUGUUUGUCCCUACCACGUGAAGGAAGACGGUGUACGUCGAUAUGGCCAUCGGCCCACCAACAAAGCACCAGCAUUACGUCGCCGCUGCGAUAACAAUCUGCUCAGCACAGUUAGCAUGCGAACUGUUUAAAACUCUCCGCGGGGCCCGAAAGCUGCGGACAUAUCGUUCUUACGCUUCGUAUUUCUUUAAGCCACAAAUCAUAAAUUUUCCUUCCUUUCUUAGUUUAAUCCCAACUGUCGCGAAACUGGCUUUAGACGCAACAACGCAAAAUAUUCGUGCGGUAAACGAUGAUGAUGAUGCUUCUCCUGGGAUGAUUGGCACCUACCCACUCAGGUGGAUGUCCCCACCAUUGUAAUGCAAACUUCUUUCUUACCGCUGAAAUGCUCAGGUAGUGCGUAAGGUCCACGCGGUUUAAGUUAGAGCAUCACAUUAACGUGGAGCUGCGUUUCGAUUUCCGAGCCAGGACUUACGAAAUCGUACACGUUAAUUAGCCAACUGCGUGCUUAUCUUCAAAUUAGUUUGCACGGGCUGUCGGUAUAUCCACCGGUAUCACGUCCGUGCGCAGAACACUAAGGUAUUGUGCUGUGUAAAGUGAUCUUGGCUCAACACCGAUGAACGCACAAGCGUAAGACUUUUAUAGUGAAGUGAAGCGUACGCGCAUCCCCAUACCGAAAGUGCACGUUUUGUGGCGGGCUGCGUUCGAUGCCGGUAUAUUCGUGAGCGUCCAGGCCAAAUCCGUUUGAUGUGCUUUGACGAGUGUACAUGCACCACUAAUAUGCCCUUAGUUACGUGCAUAUCGACUCAUCUGCGCAAACGAGUGAGAGUUUUCGCUUGAAAUGUACAAAAUUUCAAAAAAAGGGAGCAUUUAUACUGCGUCACGGCUUUCCCAGCGCAUGAAUGGUCUGAUAGAUGCUUCGUUGUAAUCAUGAAGCAGUUGUUCGUUGCAGUUGCAUAUAUGAUAUAUAGAUACAUGACGUCCGCAAGCACACCUCUAGUGUGCCAAGGCGUGUACAUAUUAUACAUGUUUGCUCUUUAUCUUCAUGUUAUGUUCGAACUGCGGUGUAAGGACGAGAGAUGUUCAAAACGCUUAAUUUGUGCGGCGGCGGCCUGCGCUAGGUAUAUGAAGCAGGAGCACAAUUAAAUGAGCAAAUCUGAGCUGAGUUCUUGUCAGCGCUGUUUUAAUCAUUUCCGACUGUUUGCGCAUUGGGUCGUGUUAGUGUCCUAACUGCUGUUUAAGAUCAAUGCGCUUCUACUGGCCGGGAAGCUGCUGGAACUAUGAGAUAUUCGAAAUGACAAGUAAGCGAAUCGCUAUCAGAGACGUAGGGAAUUACAAGACUCGGGUAAGGACCGCUGCUAUCGCGAGCUGUACGUGGGUUACCGGCAUGAAUUACUAAGAAGCUGUCUAAAAAAAAGAAAUAAAAAAACAGUAAAAGGAACAAACUUUCGUUGGUGUGCAGUAAAAAAAAAAGUCCGGCUGCAAACCCAAUCACUCGUGCAGUUCGUUUUUGACAGCUCAGCAGCGCCGCCAUAGCUUGCGUUGGUCUUACACCGCGGCCCGAACUCUAGAUCACCCUUCCAUUAUUACCGACAACCUACGCUUUGGGAACGCCCUGUACAUAGCUGUUGCCGCUUCUGGAACACUCCCCGUUGUAAGCUGCACCGCGCUGCAGGCCGACCAACACGACAUGUGAAUAAAAGCUUUAUUUAUCGACUAA